AUGUUGAUUCGAUUUCAGCAGAUAUAUUCUGUUACACAUAAAGAAUCAGUUGAUUAUGGCCGACCUUUUGUACUCGGUGAAACGCUGUCCAAGACAGUGAAUGGUCUGGUUUAUGUGGUGUCUAUUCUUAUGUUUGCUGGUCUUCUCCAUUUCAACUACACUGACGUCGGAAUAACGAAAGCUUUCGAGAUGAUAUGGUCUUUGUAA